GGCAGAGAAAGGGAGGUUGAGUUUGGUACACAUACUAUUAAGUCUCAUGGAGCCCAUGUUGCAAGGAUUCAUAUCCAUGAUUGGCUUAUAUUGCUGCUCCUUGUAGUCAUAGAGAUCGUUUUAAACAUCAUACAUCCCUUUUAUUGCUUUGUUGGGGAGCAUAUGAUGUCAGACCUUAAGUAUCCCAUGAAGGAAAAUACGGUGCCUUUCUGGGCUGUUCCUAUGUAUGCAGCUUUGUUGCCAAUUGCAAUUUUUCUUGUAUUCUAUCUUCGAAGGAAGGAUGUCUAUGAUCUGCAUCACAGCAUACUAGGCCUUUUAUUUGCUGUGCUGAUAACCUGGUGCCUUACUGAUGCAAUAAAAAAUGCAGUUGGUUGGCCUCGACCUGACUUCUUUUGGCGUUGCUUUCCAGAUGGACAGGGUAAAUAUGAUAAGUGGGGAAACGUAAUAUGCCAUGGUAAAGAUAGUGAUAUAAAGGAAGGGCAUAAGAGUUUCCCAAGUGGUCAUACUUCAUGGUCCUUUGCAGGUCUAAGUUUUCUAUCACUGUACUUAUCAGGCAAAAUAAAAGCUUUUGAUCGCAGGGGGUACAUUGCAAAACUAUGCAUUGUUUUUCUUCCUCUCCUCCUUGCAUCUCUUGUUGGUGUUUCUCGGUUGGAUGACUAUAAGCAUCAUUGGCAAGAUGUAUUUGCAGGAGGUCUUCUAGGACUAGUUGUCUCGACAUUUUGCUACUUGCAGUUUUUCCCACCUCCAUAUCACAAUGAAGGAUGGGGGCCUUGUGCAUAUUUCCGAGCAUUAGAGGAAUCAGGCGUCAACUCACAAUUAGCCAGUCCUGAGAAUGGUCUCGAUAUGCAAGUGAUGGAGAUUACAGUAGACUACACACUCGCAGUUUGCCUUUUUGGUGACCACUCCCAUGAAAAUGUGGAUGGGAUCAUUCGUAAAGUACCAAAAAUGGUUGUCAAUGCCCAUCAAACAGAGGCGGACUCAACCGAAGAACUCGAACCCCUCUUUGAUUACAGUCGCGUUCAGCCUAUCGAUCUUGUCUGCCUUGACGAUGACUGUUCCGAUUCAUCCCCAGCUUAUGCUCCAAAAAGAAGGAAAAUCCCCGAUUCUGCAGUUGGAAAGGAAGUAAAGAAUGGGAAUGCUAUAGAGAUUGUUGAUUGUGAAGACAAAGAAGAGGAGGAUUGGUUGCCUCCUCCUCCCAAGGUUUUAGAUGAAUCAAAGAAGCUUUUAGAGGGUUCAACCAUAAAGGAGAUGAGAUUAAAGAAACAGGAACUGGUAUCAUUUGCCCAAUCAGCUGAAGACAUGUUGCGAACUGUUGAAGAGUCUAUUAAAAGAAAUCUUAGUUCCUCAAUGCAAUCUUGUUUAGAAAGUGUUGCAGAGCAGCCAUCAAAGUCUUCCUGUGAAAGAGCUAAAAUAGUUAUUUCUAUCCAGGACAAGGAUGAACUCAAGCAAUUUCGGGUAUACAUG